AUGAAUCCGAAUUGGUGGGGUACUCCAUCAACUACAGAGAGCAAGUAUAUAAACACGUGUUUAUCUCCCUCAUGGGCCGAGUCUCCCACACCAUCAAAUAAAACGUAUACGAGAAAGGACUUAGCAACCGAUUUAUAUGGAAAUCCAAUACAAUCAGUUCCCCAACCGGAAAGAACAACAGACUUGUAUGGAAAUCCAUUACCACCAGUUGCUUUACAGCGCCAUCGUUCUACUGUAGCAGCAUCAUCUCUUGAUCCAAGGAACUGUAGUCAAACAAAAACGGCAUUUUAUGCUAAAAUUGUCAAAGAUGCCAGCAAUGGUGAAUCCUCGGGAAAUAAUAACAGUUCCGAACAUGACAGUAGUUCAGAUGAAGACGAACAUGACAGUAGUUCAGAUGAAGACGUUUCAACUUCAGUUGAAGAUAUUUCAACUUCAAGUUCAAGCGAGGAUGGAUCUGAAUGUGAAUCAACAAGGGAGGUUGUUGAUUAUGAGGCAAAUGAGUCAACAUCCGAGAGUGAUUCCAGUCAGAAAGAGAAAAGGGAUGUCACAUGCAUUGGAUAUAAGAAAUGUCCACCACCUCUUAGACACAAUUACGAUGCACUGCCUGAUGAGGAGAAUAGAACUCAUUUUGAACCAUCUGUUCCUUUAGACAUUGAGGAAUUUGCGACCGGACUUGGAUACACGAAGGAAACUAAUAAUCGUAUUAAUGGUUGUGAUUACUAUUUUUUGGCUAACCGUUCAGAGCACAAUGAUGAUGAAGAAACGGAGUCACUGCAAAUAGCCUAUUCAAACCUUGGUGAUGACAGGGUGCGGCUUAUUGAUUUUGUAAAUAGCGCUGAAAUUAUGCCUCCGGUUCCCAAAUACAAAUACCUAUCCGGUAGUCAAAAACGUAAAAAGAAGAAGCUAGAGGAGGACAAAAGAAAGGCUGACGAAGUAAAACAAAACCGCAUAAACAAGUUUUUCACAAAACAACCUCAAAGUUCUAGUUCUAGUGUGGAUGCUAAUGCGGGUGAAGAUGAUGUUAAUGUUAAUAGGGAUGAAGUUAAUGUGAGUGAAGAUGAUGUUAAUGUGGAUGAAGCUAAUGUGGGUGAAGAUGAUGUUAAUGUUAACGUGGAUGAAGCUAACGUGGGUGAUGAUGAUGUUAAUGUUGAUGUGGAUACGGAUGAAGAUGAUGUGAAUGCUAAUGUAGAUGAAACUAAUGUGAGUAAAGAUGAUGCUAGUGCCAAUCCGAGUAUUGAUAUUUUUGAUCCUAGAACUUGGGAUGGGCUUAAUCCUAACUUGAAAAAUGAAUUGGUUAUGAAAGGUCCAAAAAGAGAUUUGACUGUUGAUAAGGGUCCUGUGGAUAAACUUGGAAGACGAUUUUCUAGAGUGAUGUAUACUAGAAUUCUAUCAAAUAGGGAGAAGCUUGAUAGAGAAUGGUUACAUGCUUCUCAAGGUCUUAAAGAGCAUGAAGUUAGCUUUGAACAUCUCAAGAAUAUGAAUCAAUUGUUUGAAAUGCGUCAAAGGUUGGAAUGCAAUAAAACAAUUGACAAAGUAGCAUAUGAGCAAUUUAAAAAAGAAAGAGAUUAUUGGAAAGAAGUCAUCUUUAGGAUUAUUGCACUUGUGAAAUUUCUAGCUAAACAUGGUUUAGCAUUUCGCGGAUCAAAUGAGAAGUUGUAUCAACAUGGCAAUGGAAACUUUUUAGGAUUGAUUGAGAUGUUGGAAGAGUUUGACCCAAUUAUGAAAGAGCAUGUGCGACGUAUCAUGAGUGAUGAACUCCAUGUACAUUAUCUUGGGCAUAAUAUCCAAAACGAGUUAAUACAAUUACUAGCUCAUCAAGUUAAAACAGAAAUCAUCAAGAAGAUAAAGCAAGCAAAGUAUUACUCCAUAAUACUCGAUUGCACCCCCGAUGUAAGUCACCAAGAACAAAUGUCGAUAAUUGUGAGGUAUGUGAAUUUUAGCUCUAAUUCUGUGACCGUUGAGGAAUCUUUUUUAGGGUUUUUGGUUGUUGACGAUACUACUGGUAGAGGACUUUUUGAAGUUACGUCUAAGGAAUUAGAGUCUCUAGGUCUUGAUAUUAAUGAUAUGCGUGGUCAAGGCUAUGAUAAUGGAGCAAACAUGAAGGGAAAACAUAGUGGAGUUCAAAGGAGAUUCUUAGAAAAAAAUCCUAGAGCUUUGUACAGUGCUUGUGGUUGUCAUAGCCUUAAUCUUGUUUUGUGUGAUAUGGCUAACACUAUUACAAAGUCUAGAGAAUUUUUUGGAACAAUACAACGGAUUUAUACUAUCUUUGCCAAUUCUAUUAAUAGGUGGCAAAUAUUGAAAGACAAUGUUAAAGGAUUGACUCUUAAGUCAUUGUCUACCACUCGUUGGGAAAGUCGUGUAGAUAGUAUUAAGCCUAUUAGAACUCAACUUGUAGAUGUAAGAAAAGCUUUGAAGGAAGUUAGGGCCUCCGAUAAAGAUGCUAAAAUUCAAAGCGAAGCUAAAUCACUUGAAAAGCAUGAGGUUGGUGACUAUGAAUUUUUGGUACAGAUCGUCAUCUGGUAUGAAAUAUUAUCAAAUGUAAAUGUGGUGAGUAAAAAGUUGCAAUCAAAGGAUGUGGUUCUUGAUGUUGCUAUCGAUGAAGUGGACAAAUUGAUUAAAUACUUUAAAAAAUAUAGAGAAGAGGGGUUUUCCAAGGCGAUUGAUGAAGCUGUAGAAAUUGCCAAUGAAUUGGGUGUUGAUGCGGGAUUCCCUAAAAAACGUGUGAUACGUAGGAAAAAACAAUUUGAUGAGAAUUCAAAUGUAGAAGAAGUUAUAUUUUCACUCGAUGAGGAUUUUAAAGUCAAUUACUUUUUAUGUAUUGUUGAUCAAGCUAUAAGUUCUCUUGAAACAAGAUUCGAUCAAUACAAAAAAUUCGAAAAUUUAUGGGGUUUUUUGUUUCCUAAAAAGUUGAAGACACUUGAUGAAGCCACUCUUAAGUCUUGUUGUUAUCGUCUCCAAGAUGCAUUGAAAUAUAAAGAAGAAUCGGACAUUGAUGCUAAUGAACUUUAUUUGGAGUUGAAGUUGAUCGAGACAUUCUUACCGAGUUACAUUGUUAGCCCUUUUGAUGCUUUAAACAAUAUCAAGCGGCUUGGUCAUUUCCCUAAUGCUAUAAAUGCAUAUAAAGUGCUUUUGACAAUUCCGGUAACGGUGGCAUCGGCGGAAAGAAGCUUUUCAAAAUUGAAGUUGUUGAAGACUUAUUUACGAUCGACGAUGUCGCAAGAAAGACUUAACGGAUUGGCGAUGAUAUCUAUUGAAAACGAAAUAUUAGAAGGUAUGGAAUAUAAAGACUUGAUCGAGAGUUUUGCUUCCAAAAACGCUAGGAGAGCCGCACGAUUCACUUAA